AUGAUUCUCUCGAUUGUUUUCUACCUAUCUGUGCUAUUUCAAUUUUCCGAAUCUACACCAGUCAGAACAAUUUUAUGUUGUUGUGGAUGUACUGAACAUCCAUGUCCAAUGGUUGGACCUAAUUGUCCACCACCAACUACAAUUUGUACAAAUAGUUCAAGUGAUAUUCAAUGUUCGGAAGUUCAACAUCUUUUCGAUAUCUCACAUAACUAUGAUGAUUUAGAAGAUAGUACAGAAGAUAUUUCUGCGCGUCUCUUACCUAGUCUAGAUUCAGUAGAUCUUGUACUUCACAAUAAUCUUGAUGUUACUCCUAUGCAGAAAAUUGAAGGAAUGAUGGGAACACUGGAAUCUACAAUUCAUCAAUUAAGAUCCGAAAUAUCAAAACUUGAAACUACUUCCUCAAACUCAACUCAAAAAGCCAAAAAGGGUAGGUCCACGCCGGGUUCGAACCGGCGACCUUCUGCGUGUGAAGCAGACGUGAUAACCACUACACCAGUGGACCAGUUGGCUAGACAGACAAAAAAGACCUUCACAUUAUUUCUCCACUCUUUUUGUUUGCAGAUCGAUGCAUCGCUGCAGCCAGUGAGAAGAACGACGAGAGAGAAGAGACUGGCAGACAUGUCAGAGAAUUGCAAUGAUGACAAGUUGAAGAAGAUUAUUAUGGAGGUUGGAAAGGGGUUUGGUUCGAAAAUUAAGAUUGUGACCCAGUGAAAAAAAUUCUGAACCACAGAAGAAUAUACCAAUUUGGGAUACAUUUUAUUUUUCUCGAAAUUUUGAAAAAAAUGUUAUCAAAAAAUCGUGAGAAUUUUGACGCUAUCAGUGUUUUUUCUCAUUUAUUACAAAACAAAUUUCAUUUCCAGAACAUCAAAAAAGAUGCAAAAUCAUCCAAACGCGAAAUCCAAAAAGCUGCCAACAAACAAUUCGGAGGACAUUUCAAUGUGAUUUGCUCACCUUGCGAGUUUUCAUUCGUCGUCGCCUCUCAAAAAUAUUGUGAUGGAUUCAAAGACAAUGUUGCCUGUUUUGCAUUCCUUCAACCACCAACAAAACUCAAAAUUGAAGAAUAA